UUUUUUGAUUUGCGAUUUUAAAUCUUCCUUGAAACUAUCAUUAAGUUAUCCAAAUUAUUCGCAAAUAUCCAAACAAGUUCUCAAAAUGACCAGGAUAGUGGAAGGUCAAAAGCCCGUAAACAAAGAUAAAGUUCAGGUCACUGUCAAUACCACUCAGCUGGAAGACAACGACGAAAUGGUGCGGUGUUGGCAUCGACAAUUUUCCAAUUUGGCCGAACAUCUGCAGCAAUGGAUCGAGAAGAAUAGUCAACCGAAACGUUAUAACUUCCCACGGCCCUGUAUACGGCGAGAGCCAUGUCGUUGGGCAAAACGUGGCCCUAUGGCUAGAAAGGACUGGGUAAGAUUUUACAAUUGGGCAGCAAAGAAUGCCACACCCAAGCCACCCUAUCAACCCAAAAUUCGUACCAAAGAUAAGGAGAAGGAAAAGAAGACAGAACCCAAAGAACCCAUACCACUGGAAGAGCUAAUGGAACAUGCCGAAAAGUUAGCCUCACCACGUAUGCGACGUCAGAAAUAUGAAUAUCCCAUACCACCAGAUUAUCCCUACGCACCCCAGAUACACCCGAAAAAACCGGCGAAAAAGGAUCGUGGUCGUCCAUUCAAGACACCGGAAGUACCGCCCGAUUUUCAGCACAUCGAAUUGGAAAUAGAUUUUUGGUCUCAGCUGCGGUUUCCCACACGUUCAUCUACAGCUUUGUACAAUCCAACGGAAAAUAUUUUAAAAUUGGCCCAGCCCAAAGUCAUACCUCCCCUCAAACAACAUUGUCCCAUACCUGAGAAGCCGGUGGAAUAUGUAGCCCCCAGACGUCGCAUGACAUAUCGUCAAUGGCGGGAACAUAAGAGGCGCUUGGAAUAUUUGGCAAAACCCAUUUAUCGUCCUGUCACCGAUUAUUAUUAUUUUUAGUGUGCAUUUUGUUUUGUUUU